AUGGUCUCCAGAAGCAUGGAGAGAACGGACAAACAACGACUGCUGAAAGAAGCAAGUGGCCAAUUCGGACCGGUCGUGGAAAAAACAUUGUUUCGUCCACAAAAUAUUUUUCCUUUGGCCUCGAAGUCUGGCAAGCUAACUUCAGAGCAUUUUAAAACGUGGUUGAAGGAUGUCCUCUACCCGAACAUUGGUCAACAAAGCAUUCUUCUGCUUGACUCCUGGAGCGGACACUGCAGCGAUACAAUUGAAAAAACGAAACCUGCCGACAAAAAAAUUGUGUCAAUGAUGAUACCAAAGGGAACUACUCCAAGGGGUCGAAUCCGACCUUUAGAUGUCUGUGGUUUUCGAGUAUGGAAAAAUUUUGUGAGGCGUUUUUCUGAUAUUGUCCUUUUACAUAAUUAUGACGUUAACCUUCAUUUACGGAAUAAUAUCAUAAAAUUGCAAUCACUCGAGCAUAAUCAGUUGUCUUCUCCUAGAUAUAAAAGUCUGUUUCAAUAUGCACGAUGCUCGCGAUGCAUCGCGAUCAUCAUCAAGACGUUUGCUGAGAGCGUGGAAUUGUCCUUCGUUUCAAACGCUGAGCCGUGA